UACGUAGUUCACGUCUCUACCCUCUCGACCUCGGAGACUAAGCUUCCCAACAAGCAAUCCGUACGGAGAGUUCACAAGUAGUGUCUCUCUAGCUUGGAGUUCGACAUAGUCGCUAAAUAGGUAGCUACCUACACUCACACAGUUCGAAAGCCGCGACUAGACAACACCGAUCACAAUGGCGAUCGGCGCGAUCGCAGCGAAGGCGCCCCGGAAGGAGGAGAUAGCGCACGCGCAGGAGGAGGCGCCGGCCUUCGAGAAGGUCGACUGGAAGCGGGAUCCCGGUCUAAGGAAGCUGUACUUCUACUGCUUGGUGCUGUGUGUUGCCGCCGCGACUACGGGUUACGAUGGCAUGUUCUUCAACUCGGUGCAGGUUUUCGAGACGUGGAAGGCUUUCUUCAACAACCCGCAAGGAUCACAACUCGGUCUUUUAGCCGCGUUAUACCAGAUUGGUAGCUUGGGCUCGAUUCCCCUGGUGCCUCUGCUCGCCGAUAACUGGGGCCGAAAAGUACCUAUUAUCGUGGGAUGUGUCAUCAUGACCGUUGGUGCUAUUCUCCAGGGCGUCGCCAGCAAUAUCAAUACGUUCAUGGGAGGCCGUGUGAUGAUGGGGUUCGGAAACAGCUUGGCCCAGAUCGCUUCGCCCAUGUUGCUGACCGAGAUCGCGCACCCCCAACAUCGUGGUCGUCUUACUGCUGUGUAUAACUGCUUGUGGAAUGCCGGCGCUAUUAUCGUCACAUGGCUUUCCUUCGGCACGAACUACAUCCAGAGCGACUGGUCAUGGCGUAUCCCCGCCAUCCUGCAAGCCCUACCAUCCGUCAUCCAGCUCAUCUUCAUCUGGUGGGUUCCCGAGUCACCUCGAUUCCUGAUGGCAAAGGACAAGCACGACCAAGCCCUCGAAAUCCUCGCGCGCUACCACGCCAACGGAAACACCCAGCACCCGACCGUGCAGUUCGAGUUCCGCGAGAUCAAGGAGACGAUCCGGCUCGAGAUGGAGAGCCAGGCGAACAGCAGCUACAUCGAUUUUUUCAGGACGAAGGGAAACAGGUACCGGUUGAUAGUCCUGCUCUCUUUGGGUCUGUUCUCACAGUGGUCUGGCAAUGCGAUCAUUUCCAACUUCGCUAGCAAGUUGUAUGACCAGGCCGGCGUCACGGACUCGAACUCGAAAUUCGGCCUCUCCGGCGGCCAAACAAUCCUCUCCCUAAUCGUCUCCGUAACAAUGGCCACCCUAGUCGACCGAUGGGGCCGACGCCCAAUGUUCCUGACGUCCACAGCGGGCAUGUUCGUCGUCUUCAUCUUCUGGACGCUAUCCGCGGGUUUAUACGGGGAACACGGGUCUCCAGGGGCAAACUACGCCAUGAUCUUCUUCAUCUGGCUCUUCGGGUUCUUCUACUCAAUCGCCUGGUCCGGUCUGCUCAUCGGCUACGCCAUCGAGAUCCUGCCGUACAAGCUGCGCGCCAAGGGUCUCAUGAUCCUCAACGUCAUGGUGCAAGCCGCGCUGUGCCUCAACGCCUACGCGAACCCCGUUGCUUUCGACGCGUUUGGCGAGAGCCAUAGCUGGAAGCUGUAUCUGAUUUACACGUGCUGGAUCCUCUGCGAGUUGGUGUUCGUGUACUUCAUGUAUGUCGAGACGAAAGGCCCGACGCUGGAGGAGCUCGCGAAGGUUAUUGAUGGCGAGGAUGCGCCCGUUGCGCAUUUGGAUCUGGAGCAGGUUGAGAAGGAGGUCGCGAUUGAGACGCAUGAUCAUGUGCCGCAUAAGGUAUAAUGAGGACGGGUGGGAUUGUCUUUAAUGAUGUUGGAUGAAUGUUGUUCGCGAUGUUUAAAUUGUUGUUUGCAUGGGCGAGACGACGCUGCUGUUUGCAUUGCUCGAUACCCUCACUUUUUGGUAUUACCUCCCCUCCGUCAUUUUGGGCUGGGUUUUCGGGGCAUCUGGGUUGGAUCGUUUGAUGUUUCUAUACAUGGUAUGGAUGUGCCCUUCGUGGCAUCCGUGUCUGGUGCGUGGUUUCUUCGGUGGUUAAAAUGAAUGAUGCUAUCACAAAUAAUACACCCGAGUUCUAAGAUCGUGAUAUUUUUGACAUGAAUUUUGGUUAUUUACCUGUGUGUGGUCUUCGCUUGAGUUCUCAUUUACGUCAGUGGCUUUUCAUCUAGGCUCUCAUAUUUUCAUAUGAGGAAUGAUAACUUUGUAUGAUAGCAUUCAUGGAUUUUACGCAGGUUUAUUUUCUUAUUGCAUUCCCUCAAC